CCAUUUGACAGGCAUAUCAUGGCAUGAUGAGUCUUUAAAAAAGGACACGCUGGACACACUCUCGACUGCCAGAUGGUUCAGCACAUUAGACCUCGCAUCAGGCUACUGGCAGGUUGAGUUGACGCCUAGAGCACGCAGGGCCGCCGCUUUCUGCACUAGGACAGGCCUCUUUGAGUGGAAGGUCAUGCCAUUUGGACUAUGCAAUGCCCCGGCAACGUUCCAGCGGCUGAUGGACCGUGUCCUGGCUGGCAUGCAGUGGGAGACCUGCCUGGUCUACUUGGACGACAUCAUUGUGCUGGCUAAGGACGUGUCGGGGAUGCUGCAAUGGCUUGGCCAGGUAUUCUAUAGACUUCAACAAGCUAACUUGAAACUGAAACCUGCCAAAUGCUGCCUCUUUCGCCGCGAAGUUGCUUAUCUUGGCCAUGUGGUGUCCAAGCAUGGUGUGGCUACCGAUCCCAGCAAAGUUCAAAAAGUUCAGAUGUGGCCUGCACCUGCAUCCAGGAGGUCAGACGCUUCAUCUGAAAGACUUUGCCUCUAUAGCCGAGCCCCUGCACAACCUGACCAAGAAGAACGCACAUUUUCAGUGGCAUGCUGAGCACCAAGCAGCUUUCGACAAGCUAAAGUGUCAACUCACCUCUGCCCCUGUUCUUGGCUAUCCACUUGACCAUGGUGAAAUGAUACUAGACACUGAUGCCAGCGACACAGGCAUCGGCGCGGUGCUGUCACAGAUGCAACAGGGCGUGGAGCGUGUGCUGGCAUAUGGCAGCCGUAAGCUAUCAAGAACUGAACAAAACUACUGCACCACACGACGUGAACUACUAGCCGUCGUGGAUUUCACGUCCCAUUUUCGCCAGUACCUCCUCGGACGGCCUUUCAAAGUGCGCACAGACCACAGUAGCCUGCGCUGGCUAACAAAAAUGAAAGAGCCAGAGGAACAGUUAGCUCGAUGGCUCGAGAAGCUUGCCGAGUACAGCUUUGAGAUCAUCCACCGUCCAGGUCGAGUGCACACCAAUGCUGAUAGCCUCUCCAGAAGACCCUGUCGCCAGUCCUGUCCAUGCAGAGUGCAGGACCCCUCCAAGCAUCUCGGGGGGACCAGUCAUCGGGCGGUCCAAUGUGAGUUGGACUCUGACACCAGCUUCCUGUUGCUGAGUCCGGUGAGGGUGGAGGGACAACCGGCUACUACAGCGGUGUGUCCAGUGGGGGUAGGUCAUAACACCCCUACACCAGACACAAAGACUUUAGACCAAACUGCUUUUACUAUGUCAGACAUUUUAUGUCAAAACACUGCUACCAACACAGACGUCUCAGAACAGAUAAUUCACACUAGCACAGACAUAUCACACCAGAACAUUUCCACUGGUACACAUACCGUAAAGCUGACUGAGAAAGUAUAUGUGGCUAAAACUCUUGAUACUGCUUCUCUGUUUCAUGGCUGGACCUUGGGGGAGCUGAGCCAAGCCCAGGACGCUGAUGCAGACAUUGCACCCAUACGUGCCUGGAUGGAGGCCAGCAGUGAGCGCCCCCCAUGGACUACUGUCUUGCCAUGCAGCCCGGCCACUAAGACAUACUGGGCUCAAUGGAAACGGCUCUACUUCAGAGAUGGAGUUCUGGUCCGUCGCUUCUACUGCCUUGAUGAGACCCAGUUCUACCCCCAGAUCGUACUGCGACACAAGCUACAACCAGAAGUGAUGAGCCAGAUGCACGAGGGGCCAGUGGGCGGACAUUUUGGUGUCGAGAGGACUGUGGCCAGGCUAUGAACCCGAUUCUAUUGGUAUCACAUGAGGGAAGACGUCGCUCUUUGGUGCCGUACUUGUACCAGCUGUGCAUCCAGAGCCCGACCCCAGAAGACACCACAAGCUCCGAUGGGAACUGUCCGGGUAGGAGCCCGAAUGGAGCGCAUUGCGCUGGACAUUAUGGGACCACUGAAUGAGACGGAGCGCAGAAACCGAUAUGUGCUUGUGAUACAAGACUACUUUACAGAGUGGACUGAAGCCUUUCCUAUCCCAGAUGAACGGGCUGCAACCGUUGCCGAGGUCGUUGCAACUGAGUGGGUGUGCCGCUACGGGAUACCUCAAGCACUGCACAGUGACCAGGGAUGCAAUUUUGAAUCUGAUGUGUUCCAGGGGGUGUGCAGUUUGUUUGGCAUAGACAAGACUCAUACAACGCCAUUCCGACCCCAGUCAGAUGGCCAGGUUGAACGUUUUAAUGCCACUCUCCAAAAGAUCCUGGCCUCCACAGCAGAGCGUUGCCAUUGGGACUGGGACCUGAUGAUCCCGUACGCUGUUAUGGCCUACAGGGCGACCAAACACAGUGCUACAGGUUUCACCCCAAACUUCAUGAUGUUUGGCCGAGAACUGAGUGAGCCAGUGGGCCUUGUCGCAGGUCUACCUCCUGAUCCAGACAACCAACCCUCAGCUCCAGAGUAUGUGCAACAAAUGCGUGAGCGGCUGGAGCUGGCCCACCUCAUCGCCAGGGAAGCCCUGCGUGAGUCAGUCAUGUGCGCAAAAAGGCAAUAUGACAAGAACUGUUGCCACACACAGUACAAGACUGGAGAUCCUGUGUGGUAUCUCAUCAAAGGAACACGUCACAUCAAGAAUAAGGUCAAAAAGUUCCUCCCAUCGUAUGAAGGACCAUUCUUUGUCCUGGGGCAAUUGGAUGACCUAGUUUAUUGGAUCCAGAAGAACCCAAGGUCUAGAGUGAAAGUUGUCCACCAUGACCAGCUAAAGCAUUAUCGCUGCCGCGAGCCCCUGGACAAUACCUGGGUCCUUGAUCAAGCUCAUCAGUGGUCACCUACGGAGGUCCCACCACCAGCUUUAGAGGAUGACCCAGCAGACCGUGAUCUGGGUCUGCACAGUCUGUUCUCUACUGCAACUGAGAAUUGGGCGCAUGCGCACGCAGUGACCGGCAGUGAGUGAGAGCUUGGCAUCCUAAGUUUUUAAGUUCUUAUCAUUUCUUUUCGGUUCUAUCGCUGGCAUGUGUUUUGGUUGAAAGAAGUGACAGUUUUCUUACAAAGUGAAACAUGCUCCACAACAGUGAGAACGUCAUGGAUUCUUUCUUCUUCAUUGUGGUUGGAUUUCUACUGUGCUGGCUUGUUUCCAAUGAGGUGGGCGAGGCCGUGAGUCAGCUGAGGAUUGUUUACUCCCGCGAUGAACUGUUACAACUUAACUUACCGUAUGAUGGUAAGGACCUCACCUCAUGUAUGCCGGAUUUUAUACAUAAAGACUCUAACAGAACGAGUGAGAAGAGGAAGAGGAAAAGAGGGAGACGUGGAGGUGUUAAAUUGCGUCUGAGGAGACAACAGGUCAGUCGGUUUCCCCUGCCGUCUGUUAUCCUUGGAAAUGUUCAGUCUCUUAGGAACAAGCAGGAUGAACUCCAGGGAAACGUCAGGUUCCAGAAAGACUUCAGGGACAGCUGUGUAAUGGCUUUUUCCAAGACAUGGCUGACGGAGCUGGAUCAGGACGCCAAUUUUUCAAUUGACGGUUUUGGAGCUCCCUUUCGCCGGGAUCGGGAUGCACGGGUAACAGGGAAAUCUCAAGGAGGGGGAGUAUGCUUGUAUGUGAACAAACGUUACUGUAGCGCUGUGACUGUUAGAGAGUGUAUUUGUACACCAGAUGUUGAACUUUUAUCCGUGUCACUGCGCCCUUUUUAUCUCCCUCGUGAGUUUCCACAACUUUUUAUUACCGUAGUUUACAUUCACCCGAAGGCUCACCCCGCCUCCACUUGCAGCAUCAUUUCAGACGUAGUGCAGAAGCUGCAGGCGCUUUCUCCUGACGCACCAAACUUUAUAAUGGGGGAUUUUAACCAUGUCUCCCUUAAAUCAACUUUGGGCAAUCUGUAUCAAUAUGUAUCCUGUCCUACCAGACGGGAUAAAAUGUUGGACCUUUGUUACGGAUCGGUGAAGAAUGCUUAUAAAUCCCUCCCGCUUCCUCCUCUGGGAUCUUCUGACCAUAACUGUGUGCAUCUUCUGCCCAUCUAUAAAACUGUCUUAAAACGAGAGAAGACAAAGACUAAGGAUGUUGACAUAUGGUCAGAAGAAUCUGUGCUUACCUUGCAGGAAUGUUUUAAGUGUACAGAUUGGGAAGUUUUUAUUCAGUCUUGUGGAGAUGAUCUCGACGCUUUGGUGGAUGUUACUAGCUCUUAUGCAGUAUUUUGUAAAGACAUGAUUAUACCCCAUAAGCACGUUAAAGUCUACGCUAACAAUAAGCCAUGGGUCACUAAAAGCGUCAAAUCCUGUUUAAGGAAAAAGAGACAGGCCUUUAAAGAGGGGGCUGUUACUGAUUUUCAGACAGCCACCAAGGAACUGAAAAUCGAGAUCUUGAAAGCAAAACAGAGCUACAAAAACCUUCUUGAAAGCAAAUUUGCUGCAAAAAAUUUUGGGUCUGCCUGGACUUGUAUGAAAACCAUAGCAGGGUUUCAAAAUCCCCAGAGCAGUAGUCAGGUCAUUUUAGACGGUUUUAAUUCAGACAGAGAUUUUGCAAAUGCUUUAAACAUGUUUUAUGCUCGUUUUAGUUCUUCUGAUUUUAGCAAGGAUAUUUUGGAACUGAAACAGAAACUGAGAGAUACUCAGCACUUUAUCAUUGAACUCAGCGAUGUUAAAAAGGCCUUUCAUACAGCCAAUGUGAACAAGAGCCAGGGUCCUGAUAAUAUUAGUGGCCGCCUAAUUAAAUCUUGUGCUGAUGAACUCAGUCCUAUAUUUCAGGUUAUUUUUAACAAAUCCUUGCAAACACAACAUGUGCCCUCUCUUUGGAAAGAAGCAGUCGUGGUUCCUGUCCCUAAAUCUAGUCGUCCAAAAAUUCUAAACGACUUCAGGCCUGUUGCCCUCACUUCAGUUGUAAUGAAAGUCUUUGAAAAAAUCAUCAGAAAUGUGAUUAUGAAAGAGACUGAAGGUCAGCUGGAUCCAAUGCAGUUUGCAUAUAGGCCCAACAGAGGAGUGGAGGACGCACUUUUGACUUUACUAAAUCUAAUUCUUAAACAUGUAGAGAGUAAAGGGACUUUUGCAAGACUUCUUUUCAUUGAUUUUUCUUCGGCUUUUAAUACAAUACAGCCUCAUAUUUUAAUUAAAAGACUUUUAGAACAGUUUGAAAUCAGGAAAAACCUGGUGGGCUGGAUUUUAGAUUUUUUAACUGACAGGUCACAAAGAGUGAGAAUAAAUGGGGUUCUGACUGACCCAGUGUUCUCCUCCACAGGUUCUCCUCAAGGGUGUGUCUUAUCGCCCCUAUUAUUCACUCUCUAUACAAAUAUGUGUCAGGGCAGACAUGAAAACAGGGUCAUUAUUAAAUAUGCAGAUGACUCUGUUAUUGUCAGCUUACUGAAAGAGGGUGAAACUAACCACGGUCCAGUCAUUGAUGACUUUGUUCAGUGGUGUGAGGAGUCUUAUCUCCAGCUGAACAUAUCUAAUAUAUAUUGUAUAUAUAUAUAUAUAUAUAUAUAUUGUAAUAUAUCUAUAUCACUAAAGCACUUCUGGAUGGAUGCAAACUGCAUUUCGUUGCCCUGUACCUGUGCAUGUGCAAUGACAAUAAAGUUGAAUUCUAUUCUAUUCUAUUCUAUUCUAUUCUAUUCUGUUCUAUUCUAUUCUAAAACAAAAGAUAUGGUUGUUGAUUUUAGGAAACAACAAAACGGGCAUGGAGUCACUUUAAUUAAAGGUCAGAAAAUAGAGCAAGUACAAUCAUAUAAAUAUCUUGGGACCAUAAUAAAUGAAAAACUGAACUUUGAUCAAAAUUGCAAAUCAGUUUGUAAAAAGUGUCACCAGCACCUUUAUUGCCUUAGGAAACUUGUUCAUUUCCACAUUGACCAAAAAAUGUUAACUUUGUUUUAUCGUUCUUUUAUUGAGUCUGUUUUAUCCUUUUGUUUGGUGGCAUGGUUUGGUCAGACCUCUGUCACAGAGAAAAACUCUCUAAAUCAGAUAGUGAAAUGGUCCAGUCGUCUGAUAGGUGAGCCACAGUCUUGUUUAGCCUCCCUGUACUCCAAGCAGGUACAGAGGAUGGCUUUAUCAAUCCUUAAAAAUGGUUCCCAUCCUCUAAGGGGUGAAUUUCAGCUUCUUCCCUCAGGACGGAGGUUUCUAUUUCCGAGAUGCAGGACAAAGCGUUAUAAAAAUAACUUUGUCCCCGUCGCUGUCACUGAAUUAAAUAAGAACUGUUUUUGAUUCGAAAUAUUAAAAUUACUAUAUAUGUGCCACAGUGAGCUUUAUAUAUUUACUAGGUAUGUGUGUUUUUAAAGGGAUGCCAAAUGCUGUCAUUUUUCUGUAAAGCAAAUUUACCUUGCCUUUGGGUAUAAAUAAAGUUACCUUGA